AUGCAUAGCGUGGCAAGAGAAAAUCUACAAGCCUAUCUCCAUUCAUACAAAUUAUCUUCUAAUGAGCCUGGAAUAAAAUUAAUGCACAAUUCUCAGAAGGAUGAUCAACACAAGAAAGACGUAGAGCAUUUUUCAGCUUUGAGAGCAUUGCAACAUGCGAAGAGAAAACAUGUAGCGUUUGCGGUACAAGCAAUGAGGGAUUACGACGGGAGUUUGGAUGAAAAGAGCCCAUUGAAAGACCACACAAUAUCGUUUCAGACCAAUGAUUUUAUUCAUAUUCAUGCGAAAUUCAACUCUGAUUGGUGGAUUGGUCGAAUCGUAAGGUCUCACAGCAACUUUGGUUUUGUUCCAACUGCUCGACGUCUGGCUAACUACAUGGUAUCAGAUGAGGAUCCAACUACAGUAACCGCAUCUCAAAGCACAUCCGAACAUCCGGGACAGGAUAGAUCGAGAAGUAUUUGGGAACCAAAAUGCCCAUACAAAGUUGUUCCUUCAAGUCGACCCAUUAUUCUUCUCGGGCCAACACUCCAGCAUUCUCGACUAACACAGUUAUUGCAUUUGGCUUUAAGAGAAGAAAUUUUGAAAUACUUUGGAAAGAAGAUCAAAUAUGUGAAAUCAGAUAUUGGAAGUGGACAACAAACCGGUGAUCGGAAAGGAGCAAGAUGGUUACGUGGAUUGAGAGAUUCUGAAUAUGAUAGAGGACAAGAUGAAAACCAAGAAGUGGAAUUAAUAAUGAGAAUGACAUCGAGAUUGCAUCUUUUGUUGGUUGAUUCACCACAUAUUCAUACUCCAGAUGACGUUCAACAUUUGCCAUUGUCACCGAUAUUUUUUCUUAUCAGAGUGUCUGAUAAUAAGAUAUUGGCAAAACUGCUCCGUAACACAGGAACAACCCGAAUGGCGGCUGAAAUCGAAGUUGCAAAUGUUCUGAAGACUAUGAACGACGAUAGAGUAGGUGGUCAUGACGAUGUACAGCUCAUUGCGAGAGGAUUCGAAAUGGUAAUCGAGGAAAAUGGAUUAAAAGAAGCGACAUGGAGAAUAAUCUCUUACCUGGAAAAAUAUAUCCAUGCUCUUCAUUAUCAUUAUAAGGACGAAGAGAAAUAA